CCAGUCCGCCCACGUCUUGCCCACUAUGUAAACGUACAGCGCCCCGGACGUCGGUGAACAUUCGAGUUGGAUUCCUGAUCAGCAAAAAAAACAGCAGGGCCCGCCCGUCAGGCUUGAUGGUGUCUCGCAGGAGCUAGGGCGACCAACAUGCUCCCAAACCGACGCGCUUACUCGCAUCACAAGUUGCGAUAGCUCUUGUUCGCUAAGGAACCAUCUCCGCCUCUACGAGCGGCACCGCGCCGUGCAUCUUUGCGACGAUGGGGCAGGGCUUCUCCGUGACAACGCCUGCGGCCGGCGCUGCGGGCAUCGAGGUCCCAGAACUGGCAGACCUCGUCUACGAGAAGACUCUCGGGUCUGCACGGUUCAUGAAGUCUAUCCGCGCCCGGCAUCACGAUGGCGUCGUCCUGGUCAAGGUGUUCAUUAAGCCCUAUACCCCGAUGUCACUGAGUCGCUUCAGGCAGGAGAUAAUUCGUGAGCGCAAGCUCCUCGCCGACAUCCCAAAUGCCCUCGGGUACCAGAGGGUUGUCGAGACCGAGACCAACGGCUACCUCGUCCGCCAGUACCUUUAUAACUCUCUAUACGAUCGCUUGAGCACGAGACCCUUUCUCGAGGAUAUAGAAAAGAAAUGGAUAUCUUUCCAGCUUCUCUGCGCCCUGCGCGACUGCCAUGCGAGGGAUAUCUACCAUGGUGAUAUUAAAGCUGAGAACACACUGGUGACCUCAUGGAACUGGCUCUAUCUCACCGACUUCUCCUCUUCCUUCAAGCCGGUAACGCUCCCAGAUGACAACCCAACCGACUUCUCCUACUUCUUCGACACGUCCAGCCGGCGAACAUGCUAUAUCGCCCCGGAACGAUUCGUAGCGCCAGGCGGCAAUGCAAGCCCCAACGCCAGCUUGACUUGGGCCAUGGACAUAUUCAGUGCCGGGUGUGUGAUCGCAGAGCUGUUUCUCGAAUCGCCCAUCUUCAGCCUGAGCCAGCUAUACAAAUACCGGAAGGGCGAAUACGACCCGGGCAUCUCCCACCUGAGCCGUAUUCCGGACAAGGACAUACGUGAGCUGGUGGCGUCCAUGAUCCAGCUGGAUCCGCAACAGAGGUACUCUGCCGAACAGUAUCUGGAGUUCUGGCGACACAAGGCAUUCCCCGAAUACUUCUACACGUUCCUGCACCAGUACAUGGAGGUCAUUACCGAUCCUUCCCCCGGGCAAUAUCCCCUCUCGGGCGCGACCAGAAACUUGGGCGAAGCAGAUGAGCGCAUCGAUCGAGUAUUCUAUGACUUCGACAAGAUUUCGUACUUCUUGGGAUACCAAAACGACUCCCGAGGCUCAGAAUCGGUUCAGCUGCUGCCGAGGCUUGGACUGGGUCAUUUCCCUGUGCGGCUCAACAUCCCUAACAACGAAUAUGCCGUGUCUGGCGAUGUCAAACCGGCUUCUGACGAUGGGACCUUGAUAUUUUUGACCCUCGUCGUAUCAUCACUGCGGAACACCGCGCGGGCGGCAUCCAAGGUUCGAGCCUGUGAUGUUCUAUUGGCAUUUGCGGAGCGGCUGACGGACGAGGCAAAACUUGACCGUGUGCUGCCAUACCUCAUCUCCCUGAUCAACGACAAAGCCGAUAUCGUCGCCAUCACCGCGGUCAGGACAAUAACGCAAUUGCUGGCACUUGUCAAGUCAGUGAACCCUGUCAAUGCACAUGUUUUCCUCGAAUACAUCCUGCCGCGCAUGCAAUUAGCUCUCUAUGGGACUAGUACUCUCCCCAGCCCGCUGGUGAGGGCAACAUAUGCAUCCUGCAUUGGCAGUCUGGCUACAACGGCCAAACGUUUCUUACAGAUGUCAUCGACCCUCAAAGCCGCGGGGACCAUGGCAGCUGCCGAUCCGGAGGUGGAGUCGGGGAGCCAGCCAGAUGCAAAUUUUGAUGGCUUGUUCGAUGAAGCUCAGCAAGAGCUGAUCGAACUAUUCGAGACGCACACCAAGAGCCUCAUCGAGGAUGCCGAUCCCUACGUUCGGCGGGCCUUCCUCAGCUCUGUCCCUGAACUAUGCUUGUUCUUUGGAACCGCCGAGUCCAACGAUAUUAUACUCACGCACCUCAACACUUACCUCAACGAUCGCGACUGGAUCUUGAAAUGUGCUUUCUUUGAGACAAUCGUUGGAAUCGCCGCAUUUAUGGGCAGCGUCAGUCUUGAAGAGUUCAUUCUGCCCCUCAUGAUCCAGGCCCUGACCGACACGGAAGAGCAUGUAGUCCAAGGUGCUUUGCACUCACUGGCAGAAUUGGCUGGCCUUGGGUUGCUGUCAAAGCCCCGGCUGUGGGAGCUCACCGAUGUCGUCGCCCGAUUCUCGAUGCACCCGAAUAUAUGGAUCCGGGAGUCAGCAGCUCAUUUCAUCUCUGCCGCCGCAAGAUAUCUGCCGCCAGCAGACAUCAUCUGUACGCUACUGCCGAUGGUUUCCCCUUUCCUAAAGACCAUGAUCAUGCCAAACGAUUUCCACGAAUUGGCCUUGUUGGACGCGCUCAAGAAGCCUCUCUCUCGGUCUGUGUUUGACCAAGCUUUGUUGUGGGCGGUACAGUCCGACAGAGGCCUUUUCUGGAAGACGAUGCGCAAUUUGCGCAGGCUCUCUUUCGGAACAUCGAGUGCCAUGCCUACGAAUCGGGCGUCUAAGGAGCUGCAUCCCAAGAGCCUCAGUAAGGUCGCGAAGAACGAGGAGGACGAGCAGUGGCUCGGCAGGCUUCGGAACCUAGGUCUGUCGCCCAACGAUGAGUUCAAGCUGCUGGCACUCCGCGAAUUCAUUUGGCGCCUGAGCCAGAUCAAGACGAGGGAUUCGUCUGCAAAUGUCACCAAUCCCGAGCUAAACGACAUUAUCAACCUGCGCACUCUAAACGUCACCGUGCAGACCGUCAUGUUCGACGAGGAAGCCCCAAAGAAACAAAUAGCCGGGGACGAUGUGGACAUGGACGCCAACGCGCCGCGCACGAUCACUGACGCACUAAUGGAUGCAUCUAUGAGCAUCGAUGAUCCAAUAGGGAAGCGGAAGCGCGCUGCUAUCAACACACACCGGGUCAGACUGAGCAGCCAGAUGACCCUCUCUCCUAACCCAGAGGACCGCCUGCCCCUUGAGGAAGGGAUUCGGUCCCCCAAUGGUGAAUCGUCCAGAGACCGGACCCGAAUAAUUUCGGCCCGCCCAGACGAGGCGACUGAAGAGAUUGCAGGCCCCGCGAAGAGGGCGCUCCGGCAUACUUCCAGCGCCAUCAGCCUGCUCAAUAGAAAGGACAGGAGGGACAGUACCAAGGCUACAGCAGAGACCGGCAUGACCGACGCGAACGCCACUGGACGUGUGGAGGGCCUGUUCUCACCGGCCACGCCUUCCAGGAUAUCCAUCGGAGAUGGCGACGACAAUGCUCGAGCUCACCUUCAUUUCAGUCAUAAUUACCCCGGCAACGAUCCUCAUGUCCUGAAAAUGCUUGACUCCAUGUAUGUGGACAACUACCCGCAUGACAUUGCCGAGUUUGGACCUCUGGUCACGCCGAUCAACCGCCGAAAGGUCAGCAAGAACGCGAACGGGCAAGUUUCAGAGGGCUGGAAGCCGACAGGUAAGAUGAUGGCGACCUUUUCCGAGCACGUUGGAGCCAUCAAUCGCGUUGUGGCUGCCCCUGAUCACGUCUUCUUCAUCACGGGCGGAGACGAUGGUGCUGUGAAGGUGUGGGAUACCGCAAGACUGGAGCGCAACAUUGCUCACCGGUCGCGGCAGACACACCGGCACGCGCCAGGGGCAAAAGUCCUGGCCUUGUGCUUCAUCGAGAACACGCAUUGCUUCAUCAGCUGCGCCAGCGACGGAAGCGUACACGUUGUCAAGGUCGAAACCGCCUUCGCAACUACGGCGGUCCGUUACGGCAAGUUGAGGCUGUUGAGGGAGUACCAGCUGCCAGAUGACGAGUUCGCUGUCUGGUGCGAGCAUUUCAAGCAGGAAACCAGCAGCGUGAUGGUCAUAGCCACCAACAGGUCACGCGUCCUCGGGAUCGACCUGAGGACCAUGUCACUCCUGUACGUACUGGAGAACCCAGUCCAUCAUGGCACUCCUACCUGCUUUUGCAUCGACAGAAAAAAGAACUGGCUCUGUCUCGGUACUUCACACGGCGUCUUAGAUCUUUGGGACCUCCGGUUCAAGAUGCGGCUCAAGGGCUGGGGAGUGCCAGGCAAAUCUGCCAUCUACCGCCUCAGCAUCCAUCCCAUCAAGGGACGUGGUAAGUGGGUCUGUGUCUCUGGCGGGACUGGCCAAGGCGAGGUCACCGUCUGGGACCUGGAGAAGACCCUCUGCCGGGAGAUCUAUCGUGUCGGUGGGAACAAGGAGGGCCCCAGGGGCUACGACGCCUGGGAGGUGGACGAGGACCGGCCGGAGGGGAUGCUGGGCCGCUUCGCGACGAACAUCGAGCCGAGCGCCACGGGCAACGCGGACAGGGGCGUCAGGGCCAUGGUGGUGGGGACCGGGUCCCUCGAGGGCGGCGAGCAGCGUGACGUUAGGCACGCGUUCCUGCUCACCGGUGGGUCGGACAAGAAGCUCCGCUACUGGGACCUGACGAGGAUCGAGAACUCAACCGUGUUCAGCGGGCUGCAAGUGGACGAGGGCAAGCCGACCUACUCGGCAAGCCACCCCACCACGGCCAUGACGCUCAACACCGAGAGGCUGCCCCGCGGCCAGGGCCAGGGCUCCGGCAGCGCGUCUUCAUCUGCGGGUGGCAACAAGGCGGAGGACAGGCGGAGCCGCCGGUCCCACCACGGCGCCGACCGGGGCGGUGCCAGGCCGACGAGGUCGACCGUCAUCUCGGUGCAGCAGCAGCAGUUGCUCAAGGCGCAUCUGGAUUCUAUACUAGACCUGGCCCUGCUGGAGAGUCCUUAUACGAUGACUGUGUCUGUCGAUCGGUCUGGCGUGGUGUAUGUGUUUCAGUAACGGGGGGUAAUUGGGUAGAGCAUGGCGUAUGGGAAAGGCGAAAGAGGCAUCUGGUUGGUUUGUUGCAGUGAUGUGCGCAUAGAAAUGAUAUACCAAAUCACAGCGAAA